AUGGCGGAAGCCAAUGCAGCACGCAGGGUUCGUGUGUCCGUCGUUCCCGGAACUAGAAAGAACUCUUUCAGGUACAAUACGCAGUGUGGCUUCAUCUUCUACAAAAAAGAGUUAAGACGGGAAACACUAAUAUUAGAGUACAUGAACCGAAAAACUGGUGGGUGCCAUUGCAAAAUAUCCAUGAGAAAUGGAAUUUACACUCAAACAGGAGUGCAUAAUCAUGAGCCUCCAUUUCGCGAACAGCAUCGAGCAGCUGCGGUUCAGGAAUGCUUGGCGAUAGCUCCGCUGGAGAGAAGAAUUCAACGUGAAAAGAGGGCUAACCAGCCUCCUCCACCUACGACGACUCAGGAAAUGUUGGAGUCUAUGGAGACUCAUCCUGAAUUCGGACAAACCAUACGUGGCGCACAAUUUUUCCAUGGAACGGCUCACUCUGACGAGGCUGAUGAGGUUCCAGGCGUGGCUUUUGUUUUUUUAUUCCCGAUCCUCCUUAGCCAGCUUGGGGAGUCCACCGUACUGCACCUGGAUGGCACGUUCAGGACAGUACCGGGGCUAUUUUACCAGUUAUUGACUGUCCAUGUGGGAUGCUUCAAUAAGGUAACAAUAUAUAUAAGGUAG